AGCAGUUUGUAUUUACUUCUAAUGGUGGAAUUCAAUUCAAAAAAUAUUCCCAAAAAAAUGAUCAAGGCGGUGUGGAUGGUAAUUCGGAUGCACUUAUCAUACCUGUUCCACCUGAUCCUGAAGGUUCUCAAGAUUAUUCGAAUGAUUCGUGGUACCUUGACGAAAGAUUAGGGGCAAGAUCUUGCAGAUCUUUUAUGAAAAAUGUUUGUACGGCAGUGGGAAUUGACAUAAAAGACCGUGAUAUUGUAAAUCACUCAGGCCGAUCGACUCCAAUUACUUCCCUUUUUCAGAAAGGUGUUGCAAUAGGUACUACUAUGUCUAUUACUGGGCAUAAAAGUGAGUCAUCCUAUCGAAUUUAUGCCCGUUCCUCUAAUAAACAAAAAGAGGAUGCAUUGUCAUUGCUAAUUAGCAGUGUUGGUGCAUUACCUUGUAACUCUCAAGAUUCAGAAGCAUCGAUCAAG